AGGGGGUCGGGCUUGGAGGUUUGAAUAGGGGAAGUUCGCAGAGCGCAGUUGUUGCCCAGCCAGUCCGAUGCCGUGUGCGCAAAUACCUUCAACUGAACGCCGGAGCAGAGCGAAGACGGCGGGGGGACGGGACGGAAGUUAGGCUUGCCUGAGAAACACUAGCAGGCGGGAGGGAGACGCUCUUCCACUUCCACACGCGGUUCUCUUUGGGGCCCCAUUUUUUUUUUUUUUCCCCUUCUCCUUUUUCGCAGAUUUUCACCGAGCAGCCGGAACAAAAUGGAUGUUCUCCCCAUGUGCAGCAUCUUCCAGGAACUUCAGAUAGUUCACGACACGGGCUAUUUCUCCGCCUUACCGUCACUGGAGGAGUACUGGCAGCAGACCUGCUUGGAGUUUGAGCGCUACCUGCAGAGCGAGCCCUACGUCUCCACCUCCGACCUGAAGUUCGACAGCCAGGAGGACCUCUGGAGCAAGUUGAUCUUGGCCUGCGGGGAGAACGCCGACCCCAAGCUGCCGCCGGCGGCCCACGAGGAGGACAAUCACGACAGCCCCAUUUUCGACGCCAACAGCGUGAACUCGGACGCCAGCAGCGAAGCGUCGGACAGUUCCGAGGAGCUCUCGCCCACGCACAGCUUUACCUCCAACCCCCUCGGCUCGGCCUUGGUAGGCUCCGGACCUUUCAGCCCGUCCGUCAUCAGCACCCCGCCGUCCUCACCGGAGGCCACCUCGGAGGCUGGCGGCGUGGUGAGCGGCUGGGCGGGCUCGCACGGCGACUUGCCCUUGCCGGCCAAAAUCAGGAGCGGCGGCGGCGGCAACGGCGUGUCGAAGAGUUCGGAAAAGACGGGAAUGCCUUGCGGGGACGUUUCUCCAGACGGCAGGAGGAGAAUACACCGGUGUCAGUUCAACGGCUGUCGCAAGGUCUACACCAAGAGCUCCCACCUAAAAGCACACCAGCGCACUCAUACAGGUGAGAAACCGUACAGGUGUUCAUGGGAAGGCUGCGAGUGGCGUUUUGCACGGAGCGACGAGUUGACCAGACACUUCAGGAAGCACACCGGGGCCAAGCCAUUCAAAUGCAGUCACUGCGACAGAUGUUUCUCCAGGUCCGACCAUCUGGCUCUUCACAUGAAGAGGCACAUCUGAGCACCAGAACCAGGGCAACGCAGAGGAGGGCAAAAGUUUUUUUCUUUUUCGGUUGUUGUUUUUUUGUAAAAGGGGGAUGGUCGAAGGGCGAGGGGGGGACAAAAAAAAGCGCUGCUCCGACCUUGGUCUGGUGGUUGACCUUGUCCCAGAGAGCAGAGUGCGUUUCAGCCAAAGCAUGCUGUUUUGCACCAGGACCUCUCUGGAGGGGAGGGGCGCCCUGAAGGUGGACAAAGUCAUCAAGGAGAGAGAGCCAGCGUUUUUUUUUUGAGGUGGAACAAAAGAAGAAGAAGAAGGUUUUGUGAGUGUGGUGCAUGAUGUUGUGGGACAGCAGAUACACUGGUACUUGGCAAAAAACUUAUCUGAGGCGAGCGCCAACGCACUGUGAAUGUCAAGCCCCGCCUCCUUCCCGGAAGAACACUCUGGAAGGAAAGAGGAGGGAUAGUGGGACGUCCCGAGGGGGGGCGGGCACCGUGGACUGAGUGGGCUUUUCUCGGGGAGGCAUUCCUGCCACGUCUCCCCAGUGCCAGUUUGUCUGGCACCCGGACUCGGGGGUGGAGGACCCCCCCCCCAAUGUUUGAGAGCGAAGAAAAUCACAUCAACCCCCCACGGUCAUACCCCACACCACCCCCCCACGGUCACUGUAUGAGAGGAGUUACUUUUUGUUUUGGUGCAGCUACUAAAUGUGCAAUGUGUUCUUAUUUUUUUUUUGUACCGGCUCCAAAGCGUCCUUUUGUAAGUCCAGACGUGCUCGGAGGCGGACUGGACUAUAACGUCAGUAUCAUAGACAGGUGUUGCAUGGUCCUAGGGGUUCUACGUUUCCACUUUCCACUAUAAUCAGGACUGCAGAUACUUUGAAGAGAAGUGCAGCUAAAAGAUGUUACAAUGUUGUACAUAAAGCCUUGAUUUUCUUUGGGGGGGGGGUUUUUUGGAACCGAUUCCUCCGCAUUCCUGUGCUCAUUUCACCACUGCUUGCUCUUCCUCAUCCGUCUUAUGCCUUGGGGUGGCCAUUUUUUCUACUUUGUGUCUAUCUAAUAAUGCACUGUUGACCUGAAUGGUGCCUUAUGCAAAGGGCGGCGGGUCGCUCCCCUCGGUCGUUUGGGCGAUCUGGACACGCUGGAUCAAGGCUCAAUUACACACCUUUGUUGCUCUAAAAGGUUCAUUAUGUCUUCUUAUUCAGAUACUCUUUCAAAUGUUCUUGCAAUCAGACAAUAGUUUCGGUAUAUUAAGAGUCUUCUUCUCUAUGAACGGGCCAAGACAGGCACUCAAAAACUGCCAAUGUCCCACCUGGGCCAUCAAAAAAGGGGAACAACAAGGAAAAGAGAACAAAGAAAAACCUGAAAUAAAGAACAAAGCGGUCAUGACCUUAGCAUACAUUAGCUGAGUAACUGACGAACAGGAAAUCUUAAAAUCAGACAUAUCAGAUCAUUGCAAAAUAAAUAACCACAUCAUAGACCGGGACAGCGGCAAAAUCAUCGGCACAGAAAGUAACACAUUCAAACGAUGGAUUAAGGAGGCCAUCGAACUAAGGAAGCGGCUCAAGGAAACCAUCAAUGGGGAUGAGGGAGCGUACCUGGGACUGCCUCCCCCAUUAACUGAACCAAUAAAGCGGGUCAUGAAAAAACACAAGAAUUAAACCUCACACAAAAACAAGACAGUUACUUGUACAUCCGGAAGACAAAAUAGAACAAGACAAGAAAUUCAACGUCAUUCACGAAAUCCUGUGUAGAUCAUGCAAAAAAUCUUACAUGGGAGAAACGGGGAGGACAUUCAAUGUGAAAAAGAGACAACUGGAAGGUUUACAAGAAGCCUGAAACAAAAAUCCGAACAGGAAUUCUUAAAAUCAGUCAUAUCAGAUCAUUGCAAAAUAAAUAACCACAUCAUAGACCGGGACAGCGGCAAAAUCAUCGGCACAGAAAGUAACACAUUCAAACGAUGGAUUAAGGAGGCCAUCGAACUAAGGAAGCGGCCCAAGGAAACCAUCAAUGGGGAUGAGGGAGCGUACCUGGGACUGCCUCCCCCAUUAACAGAACCAAUACAGCGGCUCAUGAAAAAACACAAGAAUUAAACCUCACACAAAAACAGUUACUUGUACAUCCGGAAGACAAAAUAGAACAAGACAAGAAAUGCAAUGUCAUUUACGAAAUCCCGUGUAGAUCAUGCGAAAAAUCCUACAUGGGAGAAACGGGGAGGACAUUCAAUGUGAAAAAGAGACAACUGGAAGUUCUUAAAAUCAGUCAUAUCAGAUCAUUGCAAAAUAAAUAGACCGGGACAGCGGCAAAAUCAUCGGCACAGAAAGUAACACAUUCAAACGAUGGAUUAGAAGGCCAUCGAACUAAGGAAGCGGCCCAAGGAAACCAUCAAUGGGGAUGAGGGAGCAAACCUGGGACUGCCUCCCCCAUUAACUGAACCAAUACAGCGGCUCAUGAAAAAACACAAAAAUAAACACGAGUUAAACCUCACACAAAAACAGUUACUUGUACAUCCGGAAGACAAAACAGAACAAGACAAGAAAUUCAAUGUCAUUUACAAAAAAUCCCGUGUAGAUCAUGUGAAAUAAAUCCUUCAUGUGUGACACAGGGAGGACAUUCAACACAAGGAAGAAAGAGACAACUGGAAGGUUUACAAGAAGCCUGAAACAAAAAUAUGAACAGGAAAUCUUAAAAUCAGUCAUAUAAGAUCAUUGCAAAAUAAAUAACCACAACAUGGACCGGGACAGCGGCAAAAUCAUCGGCACAGAAAGUAACACAUUCAAACGAUGGAUUAAGGAGGCCAUCGAACUAAGGAAGCGGCCCAAGGAAACCAUCAGUGGGGAUGAGGGAGCAUACCUGGGACUGCCUCCCCCAUUAACUGAACCAAUGCAGCGGCUCAUGAAAAAACACAAAAAUAAACACGAGUUAAACCUCAUACAAAAACAGUUGUACAUCCGGAAGACAAAAUAGAACAAGACAAGAAAUUCAACGUCAUCGAGAUCGAGAUCGAACCCCGGCCGAGUCAUACCAAAGACUUUAAAAAAAAUGGGAGCCUGCGCUCAGCAUCAAGGGUUGGAAUUGAAGGUUAAAAUCACCAAAAAUGAUUCCUGGGCGUGGCACUGCUGCUGCUCACUGCUCCCCUCACCAUCCCAGGGGAUGGGUCAAAUGCAGAGGAGACAUUUCACCACACCUAGUGUCUGUGUGUUUGUGUGACAAUCAUUGGUACUUAAUUAAUUACAAGAAGCCUAUAACCACAUCAUAGACCGAGACAACGGCAAAAUCAUCGGCACGGAAAGUAACACAUCCAAACAAUCGAACUAAAAGUGGUCAUGUGACCCUAUGUCAGGUAAAAAUUCUACUUAAUAUACCGAAAAUAAUGUCUGAUGACAACAUUUGAAGGAGUAUACACACGUUUGUUUUGUUUCAGCUCCAAUUGUGUACAUAGAUGAAAAUGCUGUAUGUUUAGAGCACUUAUUGUUUUUGUUAUUAAAGAUGCUAACUACUGUGUAGUAUGUACUGAUGUCCAUCAAACACAGCUUAAAAGGUACAUUUUUGGGGGUUGGGUGGUCCUCCUCUUUAGCUGCAAGGGGCUAAUGAUGGAUUGUCGCUAACAGGCUAGCGCCCGGCGGUAAUGAAUGGCUUGUGUUGACGUUUCCCCAGACUGCUGACUGUGGAGGUUGCGUAUUGGUAUUGACCCGUCUGGGGAGCGUCGCGUUCAGCCGGCAGUGUGAGGACGUCUCCACGAGACCGGGAGGGGGGGGAAAGGAAAGACUCGGCGGCACGUUUCAGUUCGAGUCGUAAUUGAGCCUUGAGAAAGCAGUUUGCUCGCAUCUUUUCCACUCGCCGCCAUCUUUCAUGCCACUAUUCCAACUCUUCUGUCUCACACAAACAAACAUCGCUUUGGUCUCCACCCCAUCUUUGUAUGAAAAUAAAAGGAGAAAAAAAAACACAACUUUUGUAAAAUUAUGUUUAUGCUUUAUGAAAUUUUUAUUUGGAAUUGUUUUGCAAAAUUGUUAUAUUUCUGUAUGAAUGUAUUUUUUAUUGGAAUAAUAAGAACUUCUUAUCUGA